ACGAGCAUCCACGAGCCUACUAGGAACGAGGUUCCGUGGUGUGCGUGCGACACACAUCGACGAUCAGUGGCAACACGUAAACGGCGCUCUGUAGGGUGCAGCCGAUCGAGCCUGCGUAUGUAUAUACAUGCGUAUGUAUGUGUACGCUGUGAUGCCGUUGGCGUACAUACGACGAGAUCCAUCUGUUUCGCUGUGAGAAGAUGCCUCCUGUGAUCGUAUCGUCGAGUGAAGUUGAGAUUUGAGAAUUGCCAUGGACUGCCAGUGAGAAGAGGGAAAAGAAAACACGUUCUCCUGAUCGAGGGAUCUGUCGGAUAUUGCCUUGAAAAAAGUACACAGCGGUCAGUGUACAGAAGGAAGCUUCCACAGGCAAGCGUUGAGCUUCAGUGAGUGGCACGUGUGAGUGGUAUUCACUGGAGGAAAAUGUAUAGAGACAAAAUGAUACAAUAUGCAGACAUAGGUGGCCAAUACGGAGCAGUUGAGUAUAAUAGACUGUUGUGUAUCUCGCUUAGUUGAUGCACGGAAUGCUGUCUUAGACUCCUGUCUAGCACCUUAACUGCAUAUCCUUAGUCUCGCUCUGUCGGAGCGCAUUGUCCGCAUUGUCCGAAAAUAUUCAGUGUUCAUAAAAUCACUUUUAAUGAGGCCGAAGGCGCGGCCGAGGAGGCAGACUUUGUUUUGAGGAGGUACAGCGUUCUACAAUUGACUUUAAUGAACAAUGAACCAUUCGGGAAGCGGUAAACGCCAGGCGAAGGUUUUGGAAGAUAAUUUUUGGGACUGCAGUGUCUGCACUUAUAGGAAUACAGCGGAAGCAUUUAAGUGCCUCAUGUGUGACGUCCGCAAGGGAACCUCUACGCGGAAACCCCGCAUAAACCCCCAAUUGGUAGCUCAACAGGUUGCGCAGCAACAAUAUGUGCCACUUUUGAAACCAGGCAAGAAGGAAGGUAGCAGCGGCGGCAGCACAACCAGCAGCGGCAAAGAGAAGGAGCGCAAGCUGGACAAACCGAGGCGCAAGAACAGACACCCGCCGCGUCUCAAAAAUAUCGACCGCAGUACCGCGCAAUCGAACGAAGUGACAGUAAAUAAUGUUACCGUUGUUAUCACGGAGUACAAGCCCAAGGUGAAGAAGGGCUCGGACCAGUCGGGCGUGUCCAGCAGCGCUAGCUCCGAGAACGGGAGCCAGCACGAUUCCAAUCAGGACUCGAGAAGUCUGGACAUCGGGACCGACGCCUAGCUUAAUGCUAUAUAUAUGUUACAUACGUGUACGAAUUAUUCUAAUUAAUAUAUUGUAUAAUGUAUGUCUCAAACCUCCAUGGUACCGCUGUACACAUCCUAUAGACGAGAAAAACGUAAAAGAAACAAGAGCGACCGUUUUGUCUAACGUGCGUUGCAGGUUGCACACACACACACACACGUAUAUAUACACACAAAUACACACAGUCGAUAAACGAGGUCAGACAUUUUAUGCUAUCAACGGGGAUGUUAUUGAUCGUUCAUGAUUUAACGGAAGAAAAAGAAAAAUACGUGCAUAUAUAUAUAUAU